ACAUGCAUCAAGCUGACUUUGUACGGUGCCAUGAGCUUCUUGUGAAAGAGAUGAAGUAAAACCUCAGCAACAGAGGGCCUAAACAAUUCCUUCUUCUUUGUUUCCAGAUCUGCUGAUCCUUCACCAUGUAGCAGCAGUAAAGGUAGGUUCAUUUCAAAUGUCUCUUCUCAGAAGUUCCACUUGCAGACGUCAAAGUCAAUACUUCUUUCCCACGAAGACCAUGCCCAUCACCAGCUCUUUGUUCCCAAGAAAGAAAUGGGACAAAGAGCCCUCUCUGCGCUCCUCAUCUCCAUGAUAAUCUUCUCCUCUUCCCCUUGUUCCGAUGGCCAGCAGCAAUGCGCCUUCACUGGUGCAGGCUCAGCUCAGGUCAGAGCUGGCUACUGGUUCUCCCUGUACAGCCAUGACUUCCCUGUUUCGAGCAUCGACGCAUCCCUCUACACUCAUCUCUACUACUACUCCCUCCCCCUCUCCUAUGAUGAAGCCAACGCCGGCGUCUCGGUCUUGCCUCAUGACCAGCUCCCUCUCCUCGGCAUUUUCUCGAACAGCCUCAAGUCAAGUAGCCCUUCCCUCAGAACCCUGUUAUCCAUCGCAACCGAUGAUCACCAAGCUAAUGACUCAAACGCCGCUUUCUCCGCCAUGGCAGCGGAUCCAGUGCUUCGAGCAGCCUUCAUUAACUCCACCUUAGAAUUAGCCAGAGCAAACAGAUUCGACGGGUUAGACUUGGCAUGGCAGUUCCCGAGCUCGCCAUCGGACAUGACCAACCUCGGAAUCCUGCUCGAGGAAUGGCGAGCUCGGAUCGGCGAAGAAGCUCGGAAUUCCUCAUCAGCUCUCCUUCUGACCGCCACAGUGUACUUCUCGAACCACCUGUUUGAUGAAGCCACUGACAACCUCGACUACCCGACGGAUGCAAUCUCAAGAAACCUGGAUUGGGUCAACGCUCUCUGUUUCGGCUACCACAAGAACAGCAAUGUCACUGCCCACGGUGCUGCGCUCUUCGACAAGACCUCCCACUUCUCCACCAGCUAUGGGAUCACCUCGUGGUUGGACGCAGGCAUCCCUGCGUGCAAGCUGGUAAUGGGUGUGCCACUGCAAGGCAGAUCUUGGUUUCUCAGGAACAAGACCAAGAACAAGGCAGGUGAUCCGGUGGUGGCUGCAGGACCCAGGCAGAAGAUGAGCGACCGAAUUGGCGUGAUGGCCUACUCGGAGAUCGAGGAGCUCAUGAAGGAUCCACGCUCUGGGUUUGUGUAUGACAGCCAGACUGUGAGUUCCUACCUCCACUCCGGAGAUCUGUGGGUGAGCUUUGACAGUCCUGAAGUUGCGGAAGACAAGAUCAGAUUUGCUCAACACAACACUUUGUUGGGAUACUUUCUCUGGCCAAUCAAUUUUGAUGAUUCAAACCGCACAAUAUCCAAACAAGCUUCCGAUGCCUGGCUCAGAAACUAUGAUUCUUCCUGCUACAGAGAUGAAGAUGGCUUCAAACAGGCACCAUCUCCUUCUGUAGCACCACAGGAAGAUGCAGCAGCACCAUUAGCAGCCAUUUCUGGAUCAGCACAAAGGUCCGCAAAGAUUGAUUCCUGUCAUCUGGCUCCGUAUCUUUUGCUGUGUUUUCUGUUCAUUUGACGACAGUGUGUGCAGCCAAACACUGUAAAGAGAGAAAACCUACAAGAUUCUUUUAGCAGAGGCCUCCA